AUGUUGGCGUCGACAUCCAGCGCAUCCACGACGCUCCUCUCCUCGCGCUCGGUCGAAGGAGUCAAACAUCUCUAUCGCACUAUCCUGCAGCAAGCGCGAUUGCUUGCUUCAACGCUGGACGAUCCCGUCAUCUUGUCGUCACAUCGAUUCUUGGCUCGUAAAAACCUCGAGCCACUUCUGUCCUCUCCCACGGGCGUGCUCGCAUCACGCUCGGAAUGGCCACCUUCGACAGACGCAAAACGCAUACGCCGCGCGCAGACGCAUCGUCGUCACUUGGCAGAUGCCAACUUUGGUUGGAUGCAUAGCGUUUCGCGUGCUCUGUCCGUCGCCUAUGCACGCACCGGAAAGCUGCGUCGUGACAUUCUCACGGACUUGACCACCUCGAACUUAUCUGUCAACUCAUCCUCAAAGCAUGGUGGACAACAUUCGAAACGUCACUCGGGUCCAGGGACAGGAUUCUCAAGGGUGCUACAGACACUUCUCAUGAGCACACCGAGCAUGAACGGGGCAACAGUCAAGAGCAUCAAGCAUCUGACGGACCGACCUCCACCGCCGUUUCUGCCUGCAUUGGACGAUGCGCUAGUCAAGUAUUUUGGAAAGGCUACGAGUAAGAGAAGGGUCGAAAAUGCCAAGCGCAGGUUUGCAAAGGCGUAUCUGAAAAAAGUGUCAGUUCCGGUGGAUGUGGUCGAGGUCGACGUUGGAGGUGGUGCCGGGAAAGGCAGGAUUAAGGAGAGCUUGUUUGAACAUUUGGAGUCCAAGGCUCGACCGCCGUGCCAAGGUGGAGCCCAAAAUUUGAGCAAUCGAGGACAAGUGGAGCAACCUUGUCUACGCAGCGCAAGACUCAAGAUGGAGAGCUAUCGGUCACGCUUCGCAUCUUGCGCACACCGCAGCCGUGCAUUGAGAACACACGGAUGGGCGUCUCACCCGACCGACUUUACCCGACCACGCGCGCAACGACGACUGUACGCCCGACUACUGGACGACGUCCCCGUUUUGCUCGUCGAUUCCACACAAGCAAUUGACUCAACUGACACGUUACAGCGAGCGAGCAAGAAGAACGAUCCGCUGGGAAUCCGUUCAAAAGUCGCAAACGUAAGGCUGGACGGCGCUGUGAAGCUCAAGGUGGUCCGUUCGAGAUUGGCUGUAGGACCCAAGAUGCGUAGUGCAGAGGUGGUGCCAAGAGCAUGCUUGGAUCAAGCAGAGGUGGAAGAGCAGAGGAACACCAUGAUCCGAGGGUUGGAUGCUUCUGAAGUGUCGUUCCUGUCCAAGCAGGGUUUGCUCUAG